CUUCUUUUUACCGCCCGCCAUUGGCGCUUGCACUUAAAGAAAAGAAAAGGGAUUCUCGCAAUGAUUCAAGUUUUGGAAAGGAAAUCACAUCUACUCUCUGCUUUCUGCUGUAUAUGGUUGUUGCUGUUGGCGGGUGGUGGCUGGCUUGCUCCCAUUCCCCAGCUCAUAUACUUAAUACGUACUUCUUCCCUUCUCACAUCUCUCACUUGUUCUUGUUCUUCCUUGUAACAUCAUUUGUACAACCAGAAGAACACAUAUGCUCUGGCUCACCAGGAUCGAAUAAUGAGUACUGCGAGGUUCAUCAAGUGCGUGACAGUUGGGGAUGGAGCUGUGGGGAAGACUUGUAUGCUCAUCUCCUACACCAGCAAUACCUUCCCCACGGAUUAUGUCCCUACGGUGUUCGACAAUUUCAGUGCCAAUGUGGUGGUGGAUGGCAGUACUGUCAAUCUUGGCCUAUGGGACACUGCUGGGCAGGAGGAUUACAACAGGUUGAGGCCACUGAGCUACAGAGGAGCUGAUGUGUUUCUGCUGGCUUUCUCCCUCACCAGCAGAGCUAGCUACGAGAACAUUCACAAGAAGUGGAUUCCUGAGCUGAGGCAUUAUGCCCCAAAUGUGCCCAUUUUGCUAGUGGGAACCAAACUUGAACAAAGUGAAAAUCCUGAUCUGGGUUUGUGUGUUGCAGAUCAGAGAGAAGACGAACAGUACUUCAUUGAUCACCCUGGAGCAGCUCCCAUCACAACAGCACAGGGAGAAGAACUGAAGAAAGUGGUUGGUGCUGUGGCUUACAUCGAGUGCAGCUCCAAAACUCAGCAGAAUGUGAAGACGGUGUUUGAUACCGCGAUAAAGAUAGUUUUGCGACCACAAAAGCCGAAGAGGAAGCCACGCAAGCAAAGGACGUGCAACUUCCUUUAGCCUCCUCAUCACAAACUCUCCAUACAAUAUUCAAAAUUACCAUAAGCUCAACCCUAUAAAUAUAUCCACCUACUCAACUCGUCAUAUAUUAUACAUGAGAUAAAAAAAGGUUAUGUUGUAUAUUCAUCGAUCCUUUUUAAGUCUUGAUUUCGUUUCUUUUUCCGUAUGAGAUGCAUAAAUUGGUAUAUGUACAUUCGGUUCAAAAUUUUGUUUUUCAGUUCAAUGCCUUUAUUUUUCUCAA